AAGCUCUUGGUUUUAACUGGGGUCAAACGGAUUUUGAUUGUUCAUGGCUCUCACUAAUGACUGCGGGUUUAAGCAAAAUAUAUGUACAUGGACACGAGGUGUGCAUAGAAACAAUGUUAUGGAUUACGGGGCCUUGGCAGUCACCGCAAACAUACAAUAGAAUGAACUGAGAUCGUAAUGAGAAGAAAAGCCAUAAACUGUUUCUCGCUAUGACCGUCGUGGCUUAUCAGGUUCAUUGAUCGAGUCACAUUUACCAUCCCGUCCAUUAGCAAAUUCUAGAUAUCAUUAGAAAAUAGUUUAUGUCUAUUUCACUUUAUGCGUUACCAACUUUUGUGUGGUACGUUGCGUACAAUAGUAUGUGUACAUACAAGCCCUGGGCACGCUUGAAUCUUCGGGUGUCCGUUGGCUGGGUUUAUUCCCGUUGACGAUUUUCCCUCCCUUUCUUUUGAGAACCUUUGCGGUUCCUUUUUUUCCAGUCUCAGUCGCGUCCGGAGUGUCACUCAGUGAACACCUCUCGUUAGAAACAAGGACGCUUAUCGCGUACCACGCUCUAAUUCGGACUGAUAGUGCCACGAUUAAGAGAUAUCCAUCGGACUAGCGAUAUGUGUGCGAAGAGGAUUUCUUUGACAAUCCUUUGUUUUGCUUUGUGCGUCAAUUCCUUAGGGUUAGCCAUGGAUCUACGGAAUGACGAUGGCUUCAUGACGGAUCUCGAUCUUGAUUACUACGAUACUGAUGCAAGAUCGUUUGAAAUGAGGACCUUUAAUUUCUCCGGCAAUGGCUUGUUCAACAACACUGCUACAACUAUCUUGGGCAUUGGAGGGGGGAUUAUCUUGGCCAUCAUUCUUUUCGAAAUAGCGCUGUAUGCUCUGGAUGUGUAUUACAACAGGACCUAUGGAUUCGGUGGCUCAUCCUCGUCAAGUGGAUACCACCGAAGGAAAGAUGAGACUUUCAAUAGCGAGAUCUACCAAGAAUACCCCAAGUACCAGGAUCCGUUUGCCAGCACUUAUCGCUCAUUGGCUUCCAACACUCGCUUGGACAAGAUCCUGGAAUGGAUCGCUUUGGGACGAGAGACAUAUGAAAUGGGAAGCGAAACAAUGAAAGACAUGUCCUGCCGAAAGAAAAUCAUAUGCGAAAUCUACCAUUACGAUUUGGGACAUCUGACCACUCGAGCUCGACAUGGAAUGGAUUUCUUAGACGUCUUUAAUUAUUUGAAUUUGACGGAUGACUUAAUGGAGCAGAUGGAUGAGUACCAGGAUGCUAAGAAAAUGCCCGCCGACUCCAACAGCUGUGAUACGGCAUAUCCUGAUUGUCACGUCUCAAUGAAGCACAUCAAAGAUCGGUACGAUCAAAUUUAGCAAUCAUUUUCGGCUUAGGUUUUAGGUGUUCCAAACAAUGUCCAUAUUGCGUCCUUGCUCGAAAUUCUGUGAAUUGUCUCUCAAGGACUACCAUUAAUAGUUUAACAAUAAAGCGAGUACAA